GAAGCGCUAUCUAGCGAAGAAUCUGAAACUGCAGUGAGUUGCAGUAGUGAGUGAUUGGUGAGAGAUCCAAAAGGGCCCAAAUUCCUUUGCAGUGUUGCCAACACAUGAUAACAAUAAUAACACCAACAAGGCAACAAAAGUGAACUCUUCCCUCAUUAAAUUCCCCAUCCAAACAAGUGAGAGUUUCAGUGUCAGAAAACAAGAAAACCUGCAGUAACAUAUCAUCCAAAAUCUUUUCCACUCAAAUCACAGAAAAAGAGGCAAAAGAAGAAUCAUAUAUAGAGAUUCUCAAUCUCUUUCUCUCUCUAUAAACAACACCACUCAUCAGUGCCUAAAAGAUCUUUCUUUUUUCUUUGUUUUUUCAAUGAACAUGUUAGGCCUCAGAGACCUAGUUUUCAUAGCACCAACCCAUUCCCUUCACCAUCAUCACCAACAAGGCCAAACCAUAAUCUCACAAGACCACCACCAUAGCCAUGGCCAUACCAACAACAACAACAACAACAACGACAAUAACAAUAACAAUAACCUUCCUUUUCCUCCAUCAUCACUCAGCGUUGGCCUUGGAAUCUUCCCCCUCAUAACCGCCACACCCUGCAUGCCACAAGAUAACAAUAACAACCUUCACCAUGACCAACAACACCUUCUUGUUGGGACCAACACCACCACCACCACCACCACCACCAAUAACAGUUACUGGAACCUCAAGAUGUGUCCUGAAGUUUCAGAACACGACGGCGGCGGUGGUGAUGGAAACAACAACGGAGACGGUGGUGGUGGUAGUAUCUACGGCCCUGAAUUCAGGGUAUGCCAGGAUUGUGGCAACAGGGCAAAGAAAGAUUGCAGUUACAAGAGGUGCAGGACUUGUUGCAAGGGGCGUGGAUACGAUUGCAGCACUCACGUGAAGAGCACGUGGGUCCCCGUGUCGCAUCGCCGGGCACGUGAUAUGGCCGUUGUUGCUGCCAGUGAUGGUGGUGCUGCUGCUGCUCUUGGGGCUAAUAAGAGGCUUAGAGCUUUUGGGUCAUCACAAACAACUACAACUACUAAUACCUCUCAUAGUUCAACUUCUAAUGCUACCACAACUAAGAGUUUGGAUUCUACCUCUUGUCACCAGGAUGCUGAAUUCAAACAAUCUUUACCGAGCCACGUUCGCGCGCCGGCGGCGUUUAGGUGCCACAGAGUGUCUGCUAUUGGCAAUGGCGAAGAUGAAAUUACAUACUUGGCCACUGUCCACAUUUGUGGUCAUGUGUUCAAAGGGUUUCUUUAUGAUCAAGGUGCUGAUGGCAAGAAUGAUGAAGUUCCUUGUGUUUCAGUGUUGCAACUUGGAAACAGUGGGAAGAACAACAACAAUGGGGAAUGUUCCUCUCCAACUCCAAUUGGGGUUCCGAUCAGUGCCUACCCUGCUUCCGCUUGCUGAUAUAAUCUUGUUCAAAUAAAAGGGGAUGGAUCAAUCUCAUGAUGACGAUGAUGAGCUUCUGAAGACAGUUCAUUCUACAGUUUUGCAGGGGAAAACGGACGGCAUAAAAAUGUGCUAACUGCUAAGUUGCCUUUUACUUUUGUUAUUUUGUAAAAUUUCUCUUAUAUAUGUAGCAUGUUUAUAUUUUGCAUAUAAAAAUCACAGGGACCUAGUUUCAUCGUUUUUGGUUACAUGGACCUAGCUAGUUCCAUUCUA